AUGGCUGACCGUUAUUCCUUCUCCCUGACGACCUUCUCCCCCAGCGGGAAACUGGUCCAGAUUGAAUAUGCCUUGAAUGCUGUCAACCAGGGUGUCACUGCCCUCGGAAUCAAAGCUACCAACGGCAUUGUUCUGGCCACCGAAAAGAAGUCUUCCUCUCCCCUGAUCGACCCUCCUUCCCUCUCUAAGAUCUCCCUCAUCACGCCGGACAUUGGUAUGGUCUACGCUGGCAUGGGCCCCGACUACCGCGUCCUUGUCGACAAAGCCCGCAAGGUCUCUCACACCGGUUAUAAGCGCAUCUACAACGAGUACCCGCCUACUCGGAUAUUAGUGCAAGACGUUGCCCGCGUUGUGCAAGAGGCCACACAAUCCGGUGGUGUUCGACCGUACGGUGUCAGUUUGCUCAUUGCGGGUUGGGACGAGGGUGUCGAGCCAGAGUCCGAACAGGCGCAGCGAGGCUCUGGCGAAGAUGAACCGAAAAAGGCAACCGGAAAGACUGGUGGCAUUCUGAAAGGUGGUCCGAGCUUGUACCAGGUCGACCCUAGCGGCAGCUAUUACCCGUGGAAGGCAACGGCCAUUGGCAAGCAUGCUACAAGCGCAAAGACCUUCCUUGAGAAACGUUACACUGAGGGGCUGGAGUUGGAAGACGCGAUCCAUAUCGCUCUGCUCACGCUGAAGGAGACCAUCGAGGGGGAGAUGAAUGGUGACACCAUCGAGAUCGGUAUUGUUGGUCCUCCUGCCGAUCACCUGCUCGGUUACGAGGGCGUCGAAGGCUCCCGGGGACCCCGGUUUAGAAAGUUGACCAAAGAGGAGAUUGAGGACUACCUGACCAACCUGUGA